AUGAUUGCAAAGGUUGACAUCGACCUCCUCAUUGUGAACGCUACUGUGGUCACGGCUUCAGAUGUCCUCCCUCAGCAAGAGAUUGCCAUCCGGGAUGGCAAGAUUCUACUUCUCGGACAGAGCCUGACCUCUCUGUUCUCCGCCGCUUCCAUCAUCGAUGCCCAGGGUGCAUUCGUGACUCCGGGAGGCGUCGACUCGCACGUGCAUCUUCACCAGGACAAUUCUCCCACUGGUGACAAUUUCGAGACCGGAUCCCGUUCAGCCAUUGCGGGUGGCACCACGACCGUCCUGGCAUUUGCCUCUCAGAGCCGCAAGGAUGAGUCCCUUUACCCUGUCGUGGACGAAUACCACAACAGGGCACGUGGCCAGUCCUAUUGCGACUACGGAUUCCAUCUCAUUCUCACCAAUCCAACCAAGAAGAUCGUGGACGAGGAACUGCCUGUCCUGGUCAAAGACGGCAUCAGCUCGGUCAAGAUUUACAUGACUUACGAGCCCUUGAAGCUAGGCGACCGCGAGAUCCUCGACAUCAUGAUGAGCACGCGUGCACUGGGCAUGACGACCAUGGUGCACGCUGAGAACAGCGACAUGAUAUCCUGGAUCACCGACCGCCUGGCCGAGCAGAACCUCACUGCCCCUUAUUACCACGCUGUCAGCCGGCCGUCAAUCGCCGAGGACGAGGCUACCUACCGCAUCAUCGCCCUCUCGGAGCUCAUCGACAUCCCCAUCCUGAUCGUGCACAUGUCCAGCCGCACCGCCGCGUCACACGUCCGCGCCGCCCAGACACGCCUGCUGCCCAUCCACGCAGAGACGUGCCCGCACUACCUUUACCUCACCUCGGACGCACUGAAGUCCCACGACGACGACCCCUUCUCCGGCGCGAAGCACAUCUGCAGCCCGCCGCUGCGUGCCGACCGCAUGGACCUGGACGCCAUGUGGGCCGGCCUGGUCAACGGCACCUUCACCACCUUCUCCUCGGACCACGCGCCCUCCAAGUACGACCACCCCUGCGGCAAGAAGCUCGGCCUCUCCCCAACCGACGGCUCCAUGCACUACGACAAGGUGCCCAACGGCCUUCCAGGCCUCGAGACACGCAUGCCAACCCUCUUCGAGGGCGGCGUGCUGACGGGCCGCGUCUCGCCCCCCAAGUUCGUCGAGCUGACGGCCGCGAAUCCGGCCAAGCUGUACGGCCUGGGCGACCGCAAAGGCGCCAUCGCUCCCGGAUUCGACGCCGAUCUGGUCAUCUGGUACCCCACCCCUUCGCAGGUGCCGAGCGGUUCGGCCAUGGGCGGUGCCGGUGCCGCCGCGAAGGGCUCCGAGUCGUCCACGACGAUGGAGCCGUUCGCGCUGACGAACGCCAUGCUGCACCACGACAUCGACUACACGCCCUUCGAGGGCAUGCGCUUCUCCAACUGGCCCCGCUACACGAUCCUGCGGGGCAAGGUCGUGUGGGACAGGGACAACGGCGGCGUCGUCGGCGAGAAGGGCUUCGGCGACUUUCUGAAGCGCGGGAAGAGCACCCUGAGCAAGCCGCGGGACGAGUGGGUCAAUGAGUUUAGGCCCGGUGGGAAGGUCAGGGUGGCCAUGGAAGGGGGGAGAACGGCACCGGCGUUGGAUUAG